GGGAUUGGCUGAGGAGCUUGAAGAGGAGGCAUAGGCACCUCCCCUAUCAAGGGUUAAAUAGGGGUUCAGGAAAGUAGGCAAGAUGCUCUGGAGAAACGCUCUGUUUCCCAGGCUUUCUGAAGGGAACCAUGACCCAGACCCUCAAGCUGGCCUCCAGAGUGUUCCAUCGAAUUCGCUGGCCUCAGGAGCUGGGCGCUUCACAGGAUUCCCGAGGCUCCAACUCAGCACCCAAGAGUUUGGCAGACAUCCCAGGACCCUCCGUGCCUAGUUUCCUGGCUGAACUUUUCUGCAAAGGGGGGCUAUCCAGGCUACACGAGCUGCAGGUGCAGGGCGCUGCGCGCUUCGGCCCGGUGUGGUUGGCCAGCUUCGGGACGGUACGCACCGUGUAUGUGUCUGCCCCUGCACUCAUCGAGCAGGUGUUGCGACAGGAGGGGCCUCUACCGGAACGCUGCAGCUUCUCGUCCUGGGCGGAGCACCGUCGCCGCCACCAGUGGCCUUGCGGACUACUCACCGCGGAAGGCGAAGAAUGGCAGAGGCUUCGCAGUCUCCUUGCCCCGCUCCUCCUCCGGCCUCAAGCGGCCAGUGGCUAUACCAGGAGCCUGGACAACGUGGUCCGUGACCUUGUGCGACGGCUGAGGCACCAGCGGGGACGUGGCACCGGGCCACCGGCUCUGGUUCGGGACGUGGCGGGAGAGUUUUACAAGUUCGGACUAGAAGGCAUAGCUGCCGUACUGCUGGGUUCGCGCCUGGGUUGCCUGGAAUCUGAAGUACCUCGGGACACGGAAACCUUCAUCCGCGCGGUGGGGUCUGUGUUUGUGUCCACGCUGUUGACCAUGGCUAUGCCCAACUGGCUGCACCGCCUUGUGCCUGGACCCUGGGCCCGCCUCUGCCGAGACUGGGACCAGAUGUUUACCUUUGCCCAGCAGCACGUGGAGCGGCGUGAGGCCGAGAUAGCCAUGAGGAACCAGGGAAAGCCUGAGGAGGACAUGUUGUCUGGGCCACACCUGACCCACUUCCUUUUCCGGGAGAAAUUGCCUGUUCAGUCCAUCGUGGGGAAUGUGACAGAGUUGCUAUUAGCUGGAGUGGACACGGUGGCCAACACACUCUCCUGGGCUCUAUAUGAACUCUCCCAGCACCCUGAAGUCCAGGUUGCACUCUACUCUGAGAUCACAGCUGCUCUGGGCUCUGGCUCCUGUGCCCAUCCUCAAGCCACCGCUCUGUCUCAGCUACCUCUGUUGAAGGCUGUGGUCAAGGAAGUGCUAAGAUUGUACCCUGUGGUACCUGGAAACUCCCGUGUCCCAGACAAAGACAUUUGUGUGGGUGAUUAUAUUAUCCCCAAAAAUACGCUGGUCUCUCUAUGUCAUUAUGCCACUUCAAGGGACCCUGCCCAGUUCCCAGAGCCAAAUUCUUUUCAUCCAGCUCGCUGGCUGGGGGAGGGCCCAGCCCCCCAUCCAUUUGCAUCUCUUCCCUUUGGCUUUGGCAAGCGCAGCUGCAUGGGGAGACGCCUGGCAGAGCUUGAGUUGCAAAUGGUUUUGGCCCAGAUCUUGACCCAUUUUGAAGUUCUGCCUGAGCCAGGUGCUCCCCCAAUCAGACCCAUGACCCGGACUGUCCUGGUACCUGAAAGAAGCAUCAAUCUACAGUUUGUGGACAGAUAGUCCUGCAGAAGGACUCUCUCAAAAUC